AGGCCUGGAGCAGAGGGAGUUAAUUCCAGGUCCCCCCACCGGCGCCGCCUGCCCCGCGGGAGCGCUAUAAAAGCUGGGCGAACAGCCCGAGGAAGCAGCCUAGAGGGCGGACAGACCGACGGCAGGGAGGACCAGCAUGUCCCUGCUGCUGCACCCCGCCCCGCCGCUGCUGCUGGGAGCCACGCUAACCUUCCGAGCGCUCCGGCGCGCGCUCUGUCGCCUGCCCCUGCCCGCUCACGUGCGCGCAGACCCCCUGCGCACCUGGCGCUGGCACAACCUGCUGGUCUCCUUCGCCCAUUCUAUUGUAUCGGGGAUCUGGGCGCUGCUGUGUGUAUGGCAGACUCCCGAGAUGCUGGUGGAAAUCGAGACAGCAUGGUCGCUCUCUGGCUAUCUGCUGGUCUGCUUCUCAGCAGGGUAUUUCAUCCAUGACACAGUGGACAUCGUGGUUGGUGGUCAGACCAGAGCUUCUUGGGAAUACCUCGUCCAUCAUGUCAUGGCCAUGGGCGCCUUCUUCUCGGGCAUCUUCUGGAGCAGCUUCGUUGGCGGGGGUGUCUUGACACUGCUGGUGGAGGUCAGCAACAUCUUCCUCACCAUUCGCAUGAUGAUGAAGAUCAGCAACGCACAGGACCACCCUUUCUACCGGAUCAACAAGUAUGUCAACUUGGUCAUGUACUUCCUCUUCCGCCUGGCCCCUCAGGCCUACCUCACAGGUUUCUUUCUACGCUAUGUUGGCCAGAGGACUCUGGGCACCUUCCUGUUGAGCAUCCUGCUCAUGCUGGAUGUGAUGAUCCUCAUUUACUUCUCACGCCUUCUGCGCUCAGACUUUUGCCCUGAGCGUGCACCCACGCGGCGCCAAAAAGACAAGUUCUUGACUGAAUGACCCAGAACCUAGGAGUUGUGUCAAGGGGCAGCAGCAACAACCUAGAACGGGACUCAGCCCCACAUCUGGGUGUCCUGGCCACCUUGAGCCUGCACCCACACGAUUGAAAACACUGAUGAAAGCA